GGCUCACAGAGCUGUCACUCAACGGCCUGAUCGAGGGCGCGCCCAGGAGAGACGCGCAAAGUCACGUCGAGGGUUUUUUUUUUCAUCCAAAUGUGCGACUUUGUCUGCAUUUGACUUCUCUUUCACUCACAAAGAUAAGUUCUUGUGAUGUUUGUGGCCACGAAGACCAAGAUGUUGACUUUCACGCUUCUGUGCCUGAUGGUGCCAGGAGUCGGUGCUCUGGAAGUCAACAUCCCAAAUGCCCAGUACGAGUUUGCCAGAGGGGACAACAUCACGCUGCCAUGCUCCUUCGCCCCCAAAGCUCCCGGCACGCCCGACGUCAUCGUCCAAUGGUCCGUGGACGAUUUGGAACCUGACGGCCAACGGACAUCCAUCGUCACCCAUUAUUCUUACAGAAAUGAGACCAACAUCAAGGCCGCCUAUGAGAAGCGGGUCUUCCUGGAUGUGGACGUGGCCUCCAGAAAGGCCGACCUGAGACUCCUUUCAAUCCGACUGGAAGACAACAAAGAGUUUGAGUGUCGCAUCAACAUCCCUGGUGACGACGAGGGCAAGCCAGCUGCCACCACUCGCCUGGUGGUUCUAGUCGCUCCCUCCACACCCAUCUGUGGCAUCCAAGGAAAAGCCGAGUACGGGCAGAACAUCAACCUGACGUGCAAGUCCGAGGAGGGCUCGCCGCCACCCACCUAUGAGUGGACCAGUCUUGAUACCAGGAGAGUUCCUCACAUCAAAAGCCCAAGAACGACCAGCAGGGGCGGAGUCAUGUCUCUGUUCAACAUCACCAAGGAAACGUCGGGAUAUUACACCUGCACGUCCAGCAACAAGAUUCGCUCCGCCAGCUGCAACAUCACACUUUCAGUCAUGCCACCGUCCAUGAACAUCGGCUCCACCGCAGGAAUCAUCGUAGGAGUCGUGGCGGCUCUCAUCAUCCUGGCCGUGGUCAUCUACUGCUGCUGUUGCCGCAAGAAGAAGGAGGAGGAGGAAUACGCAAUGGGAGUUCGUGAGGAAGGCCCCCCCGACAAAGAACCAGACAGGAAUGGCGAGGCAGCCAACAACCGACGUAUCGACGACGACGACGACGAUCGCUCUUUGAGGGCGCCUCUUCGUGACCGGCCCGAGGGGCGAGGCCAACGCGACCCCAGCCCCCGCCGGGACCACGACGACCGCUACAGCGACUACGAUGACGGCCGCAGCGACUACACCGACCGCCGCAGCGACUACACCGACCGCCGCAGCGAUUAUUCCGACGCGCGCGACAAGUACGCAGACCGCCGCGAGCACCACGACGACGACCGCCGCAGCGACUACGGCAACUCCCGCGAGCGGUACGACGACCGCCCAGAGCGUGGCGCUCAGGACCGCCGCUACCACGAUGACGCUCGCUACGACGAACCUUACGACGACCGUGACGCGCCCCCCGUCCCGUCCAACAAGCCGCCAAGAAGAGACUACGAUGACUAAGCCACUGGGGUUUGUUAACCGCCGUCCUCCAUCUUGUUUUUACACCGUGGUGCACGCGCGGCGGGCUACGCAUUUCCAACAACUCGCUAACUUCUAACGUUCCCUCGCCGUGCGUAGGGUCCCGCCUCCUUUUGCAGGAAAAAGUUGAUUAACCCCAGCCCCUUCCUGCUCUGCCACUGAUAAGAAAUACAACUGCACAUUUCAAACUGAAACAUUUGCUAUUUAAUCUUCUCAUUGAUGUCUUGUUUCGCAUCCAAAAUAACCGUAAAUGAGGUCCAAAACAAAUUGGGUUUGAGUCAAAUUGUUUGACAUGAUUGGAGUGUGAAGGGGCAAGGAGGCCACAUUUCAUUUAGGAGCGGCCCUGCAUGCUAGGACUUGUUUUUAUUCACGUAAACGUUAUCUCUUUGACGUCUUUUAUAGAAAAAGUGUUUCACAGCACUGUACUUCACUGUCCAUUAGCUGUAGUUCUCUUCUGCUUAUCUACAGUCAGGUCGCGGGGGCAGCAGCCUAAGUAACGACGCUGUAGUUAUGUCCCAUAUGUUCAUUUCUCGUCAAGCAAUGUCAUGUACAGGCUUUUUACUUCCAUACAACAAUGCACUCUUUUUGAUUGUUUUUAAUUGUGUGUACAUUUUUACUUUGCCUGUCAGGUUCCAAACAUUGAUGUACUGCGAUUGAAACAAAUACAUUUGUGAUGUUUUCAAAGUA